UUUAUCUAUUUUAAAAUUCGGGUUAUAAUAAGUCUUUAGGCUACAUACUACAUGGUAAGAAAUUUUAUUUUUAUUUUCAAAUAAUUACUUGAGCGCCAUUGCCAUUUAUUUUAUUAUUGGUUCUUCCUUUGUUUACUUGUCUUGUUUUUCAUCUAAGUAGUAACAAAGUACAUGGAAUAAUAUAUUUUUAAUUUGGCUAGGCCUAUUUUAUAAUAUUUAAUAUACCCGGUAGUAUUACUUAGUCACCGGUAUAUAAUCAAAUAAUAAUACAUAAUAUAUUUUUAAAGUUAGCACUCUAGUCAAGGCGGAGCUUCAGAGUCUCAGAGUAGAGUCAUUACUAUUACUAUUAGUACUAAUACUAUCACUCAACAAAGUGCCCAAACUGAACUACUCUUUAAAAACUCAUUAUAAAAGAUGUUGGACUGCGAUAAUGAUAAAGCUUUAAAAUAGAUUAAUUAGUUUUAGUUUUAGACACGAACAAUUUGUGCACUCAGAGUUUUGGGAGCAAGCAAUAUUACCAAUCAAUUAUCAACCCUAGAAUUUAGACUUGAGGAUCAUAAGGGCAAUAUUACUACACUGAUUCAUCAUGCCUAGAGAUUAGACUCAUAAGACUAAUACUAAUACUAAUGAGUAAUGAGUGGUCAACCCUUUUACUAGGAUAUAACUAGUAAAACUUGAUUCAUUGUAAGUUGAUAUUAAGUCUAAGUUAGGGCUAUAGACUAUAGUCAAGCUAAUUUUAACCAAAAAAUCAUAUUGCAGCAUUUUGCUUCGCCCUAACCCUUAUCAACAGACAAUAUGAAUAUGAAAUAUUCUACUUCAGAACCAAAAAUCUUGUCAAUCAGUCAUUGUUAGCUGCAGAAGUGGAUGGUGAUAUAUAUGAGAUCUGCUGUACGCCCUGAUUCAAUAUAAAUAUUUAAAAUUACUGAAUGAAUAGGACUAUUCCACUUCCAGCAUUCACUCUUCAAUUUCAAUACUUUCAUUUAAAUUAGUAGGUCCGAAAUUUGGCAAAAUACAGUACAGUGCGAUGUCUUUAAGAAUGGCCCCUUAGUAUUAGUAGACUAACUUAGAAAAUUUUUUAAUAUUAUAAUCUAAGUGAAAUUCUGUGAACUUUUUAAUAUUAUAAUCUAAGUGAUGUCCUGUGAGCUUGGUUAAUUUAUGAAAACCACAAAUGAAAAUCAUAACCCAUAACUUAUGAUAACUGAGUUAUUAAUGCUAAUACAUUUUUAUACUGUGAUCUCAGAUUUUUAAGUAAAAUUAAUCUUAAGGCUUUAGCCUGAUUAAUUAUUCCUAAAACUUAAUAGCUAUUUAUUAAUUAUAAACUAGUUAUUUUUAUUCUAAAUGUUCUGGAGGAUCUUUUUAUUGUUUCUCAUAUUUUCAUGUCAACUCUCCACCACACCAUUUCACCCAUAACUGUGCAAAAUUCUUCUAAUAUUCUUACUGAAACUUUGCCAUAUUUGGAAGAAUAUUUGAACAAAACAAGUAAAAUGUUAAUACAGAAUGCCCCAAAAGUUACAGUACUGAAACUCCUGCUUCUUGAACAUGUAAAUGCUGGUGCAUAGAUCCAGCUAUCAGGCUAUCACAUGUUCCUUGAGGUGUCAAGGAAGUUGUGUUGGGCAGUUUUUGUGUGAAAUAGGUCUCUUGUAUUCAUAUUUGACCAUUAUUUUUGCUCGUACAGAAGGAAUUAAGUGAUUGUGAUGGGGGACCAUGUUUGAAGAAAGGUGGCAGAACGGUUCAAAAAGAGAUUGAACAAGACAGCUCCAGGUAACACUGUUAUGGUGUCUAUUGUUUUGAAAUUUUGCCGCUAUGUAAGUUUCGAGAACCAUGUUACUUGGUGCCAUCUAUUUUUUUGUCUUGCAAAUUUUUCAAACACGGUCACCAUUUACUUUCACUAAUCUAUGGCAAAAAUAUUGCUCUACUAUGAAUACUUUUUGCCCCCAUGGAGAUACACAUUUCCAAGUAUCCAUCAUAUAAUUAUUUUCACUUCUAUGACAUGAGGCAGCUGGAGCACUUUGCACAUUUGACAAAUGCAAAAAUUGCGUUUAAGAUGCAGAGUUUUCAGUAAUGCGCAUUUUUGGCGCAUGCUGUAUUUAUUGAUUUAAUUUUUUCAGAGUCACUAUGUCAAGUCAUGUAAAAGAGGUCCUGCACGCACAGCUUAUCAGCAAAGCUGUGCUUCGACCUGAUGAAGCUGAACUAUUUGAGCUGACUCAGCAUGCUGGCACCAUCAUGGAUCCGCAAGUUUUUAAGUCGGUUUCUUUGUCUCAACAUAUUUUACCAACUUAAAGCGAAAGAAAAGUCUGGUAGUUUAAAUAAGCUAUAGUAAAGAAAGCUGCAAACUCUAGUUGGUGGAGUGUGGUAUUGUGGGCUAGGUUUAAAAUGUUGUAUUAUUUGCUACAGGAAUCAAAUCAUACCUUCAAAACUUGAUUCAAUAAUGAAAGAAACGUGAUGGAAUAUUUUUAAUGAAUUUCAAAAGAGUCACCUUAUUACUUUUUUUUAAUGGUACGAACUUUUCUCUGACUGUUUAUGUUACAGUUCACUAGAUUUUACUUAUGACAUUCAUCAUACUGGUAUUAUGUAAUUUCUAUUCAACUUCUGUGUACAAUUUAGGCGAUAACAUUGAUAGUUUGAUAGGCAGUAAUUUCGUAUUCUUUUGUAUUCAUUUCAGUUUCACUGACUGAAAUGAAAACAUAAUUUUAAAAAAUUAGUGCUUUGCAUUUAUCUAAAAUACCUUGAGUCUUUUUUUAAAAUUACCUUUCUUUAAUUUAAACUUAAAGAUUUAUUGAUAUAUUUGUCCUCUUAACCCUCGAACUGUGGUCGGCCGACGAAUUCGGUCGAUAAAAAACACGGUCUCAUAGCAACUUCCAAUCCAAUAUUUAACCGAAAUCAUAGCCACUUCCUUUUAUUAAUAAUUAAAUCAACUUCCGGGUCAAGCUGUUUCUUGAUAACUUAACAAUAAGUACUUUUUAAUUGGAAUUUUAUAUCACUGUUUUUUUUAAAGCAAAAAUGACAGAAGCUAUGGCCGGGCCUUCAGUGCGAGAACUAAUAUAAAUAUUUUAGAAAGCUUUUUAGGACAGGAUUUAAGAGAUACUGAUGAUGAUUUUAACAUUCCCCAUGACAUCUCACUUCAGAUUCUUCUUUUCGUGAAUCUGAUACUAGUCUUAGUGAAGCUGAAGAGGCCCACUGAGGCUACUGUUUGACUUCGAGCCAGGCCCGGAGGUUGGGCAAGGACUGACUGUAUUUGAGUCACAGAAGCUACAAAUUAUAGACCAGAACUAAUAAAUUUUAUAGUUUAACAACCCAAAUCAGUUCCACAGUUCCUUUUUAAAUGUUCACUAGUCAAUAAUAACUAUUUUGCCUGAGAUUUUGUAUUUUGUACUUGGUUUUAGCAGUGGUCCCAGUUUCUUAUAUAAAUGACCUAAAAUUACUAAAAUUGCUUUCAGAUGUUUAAUUGCAAUCAAAACCUUAGCAAACUAUACAUUUUCUGAUAGAAAAAUGAAUUGGCUACAACAUUAAGAUUUGUGUUUUAAGUGUAUCUAUAAAAAUUAAAGAUGUUAUGAGCACUUGAAAGCAAGACAUUUUGUCAAUUUUUAUUUUCUUCAAGGACACUGAGAGACCAUUUUUACGGGGUAUGCAAUAUGGCCAACUUUAUCCCAUCCAUUUACCUUUCUAAAAAUAUAUAAUUUUUGGGGUCUUGCAUCAAUAUUUCUAUGUCAUUUAAUGCAAUUUCAAAAAACACUCAAAAAGCUCUGAAAAGUUCCACACCACAGAAUGAUGCAUGCCACAGUUCCAGGGUUAAAUAAUGUGCAUUAGUUUGUGUGGAAUAAUUAUUUAAAUUUUUCUAAAGAUCAUGUUUUCAUACCUUUAGGAAUUUAGUCUUAAUUCCUUUUUAUCACUAGAUGUGAAGCACAAGUCUGUGUUAUAUUAUAGCAACAUUCUAAACUAUAUUACUAUAAUACCUAUUAAAAAAAUAUUUUUUGUUUCUACAUUCUCAAAAUGAAUUUAAUUACCAUACUAAAAUUAAAUCCAGUACAAUGGAAAUCCAUAGAAUAAAAUUAAUUGAUUUUCAGUGAUCAAUGACAUUUUUCUUUUUCUUAACAGGAUUAUUUUAGACUUGCUAAAGUUGAAUGUGUCACCACUUGCAAUAGUUGAAACGUUGAAGUCCAUGUGCUCUUCACAUCACUCGCUGUCUGCUUCAUCCUCAUCCGCCUCCAUGCUGGCUAGUGGUGGUGAACCUCAUGCUUUAAGAGCCCAUGGAAAAGUUCCUUCUGGCAGGGUCUCUCAUGAUAAUGGCUCCCAGAAUUACAGUUCCUACUCUGCUUUAGGGGACCGGCCAUUAAGAAGCGGAAGCUGGGAUCGUCAAAAUAAGAACACUAGCAAUUAUCAUCAGUCUCAAAAUAGCACUGAUUCCCAGAAUGGCAGCAGUUACUCUUCCUUUUCUACCUCACUCGGAGUCGGGGUGGACAGUUAUCAAACCCGAUCCAAUGACAGGCAUAGUCAAGUCUCAUCCAAACAAAGAUCAGCAGAUAACAAACUGCAGAAAGAUGGAGCCAAUAAAAAAAGAUAAUUUUUUUUUAUACUGAUUUUGAAGUUGAAUUAACAUCAGAAUCAGAGUGUAAAUUGUUAUAAAAAAAUAUUGGUGUUACUGUGGAAGUGUGAAACAAAUAAAUACUAACAUUAAAAGAUAUUGUGAACUUAGUUGUUUUAGUUAAGGUGGAAGAUAAAUCUUGAAGUGAAAUGACCAGUCAGGUGCAUCCGACUUUCAAAAGGCAUUGGGCCAUAUUUUAAGUUUAAUUAUUCUUAAGCAUUGUUUUUUUCAUUAUGUUUAAAACUUUUUAAAAAAUCUUUAGAAAUAAAAAAAAAAAUUACGUUAGUGAAUUACUGCAUCCAAUUUUACAUUAGAUGGAGUACAUCAUAGAAUCCAUCUUAUUUUGAAAAACCCAGUACUUUGUAGACAAAUGACCCAAAUACCCUACAUGUGAUGUAAAAAAUGUUCCUAUAUAAAAACAUUGUGACACAGCUGUGAACUUACUGUGACAGAUCAAUCAUUCAAUGUGUUGGGACACACCAGCUCAAAACCAUAAACUUAAUUAAUGUCAUGUUCAAACAGGUUUUUACCAAGUGUUUGCAAUGUUAACGACAUGAUGUGAUACCUAAUGUCAACUGUAGUCAGGUCUCUGUUCACUAUCCUAAGAUGUUUUUAAACCAGGGGUCCUUAACCUUUUUGCAGUGCUGCACCCAUUCUUUAUGUCAAAACAUUUCUCGCACCCUCUUUUUUUAUCCCCUAGAUAAAGUAUUGUAAUAAAAUAAAUAUGAAAAUAAUUCAGCUGUGGUUGUUUCCUACAAAGUUCAACCUUAAAAACAUCUGCCACUGCAAAAUAAAAAACAUGCAACUAAACCUGAUUUUCUAUGUCUUCCCAUACGAACUGGCUUUAUCUCCCGCACCCCUGGUUAAGAUGCCAUUUUUAAACAAUUCAAGAAUAUUUUUGAAAAGAAAAACAUUGUUACAUCUGAUCUUUGAAUAAGGCAUUAUUUUAUAAUUAUAAUUGAUUUGUUAAAAUUUAAAUAAUUACACUAAGAAGCAAUGAAUUCAUUUACAAAAAAAAUAUUUAUUUCAUAAAAAAUUUACAUGUCUUAAAGCACAUCAGUAUCACAGAUCUACUUAUUUCUCUCAGUACAAGUUUUGAUUUUUCCAACUUCUUAAUAGAUAUUGUUUGUAAAUUAAUAUAUACAUGUUAUUAUAACACUUUUAGAAUCUUG